AUGGCGGAUAACGGUAUCCAGCCAUCCGAUGAGCUAGAUCGCUUUAGCACCUCGUUUCCUUUGCCUUUUCGUGUAGCAAUUCUUCUUGUGGCAGGCUUCUGGGGAUGGGGCAUUAAUUUACAUUACUUGUCAUCGGCGAAGAUAGAUGUUCCUGCAUUGAUUCGAUAUCCUUCUCGGCAAUCACCGCACCAAGUAACGCAUCACCAGUCAACGUACCACCUAGCUACUCUUCUCACGAUUCCUUUGGCGGUGUGUCUGCUUUUGUUUUGGAGUAUCACACAUGGCUCGUCAGAGAGGGUACUCGCUUGGGAGAUCAUUCCGCAGAGCUACAUUGUCCUCUUUCUAGUCAUUCUACUAUUCCCAUUCCAUCGUCUUUCCCGAAAUGGACGUGCGCGGUUCUUCGCUUCUCUUCGCCGAAUAAGUGUGGGGGGAUUAGCCGAGGCGCAGGAUGGGAAGUUUGGAGAUGUACUUCUGGCCGAUGCCUUGACGAGCUAUUCCAGGGUUCUUGCGGAAGUCUAUAUCAACUACUGCAUGUUUAUCUCUUCAACUAAGUCGAGUACCGGGAAGCCCGAUCUUCGGCGCGCGGGGCACAGGAGCGAUGGAUGGGGUGGACAGCAUCUGGCAAACGCCCUGAAAUAUACCACUGCAUUUCCCGUCAUCAUAUUCAGCAAUUUGGAGCGCAACUACAACCGAGAGACGUCACAUGUGCUCAGUGAAAUUGCCGUUUCGCGUUUAUGGGCGCUCUUCUGUUUCGUAAACUCUGCUUAUUCCUUCUACUGGGACGUCACCAAAGAUUGGGAUCUCACCUUACUUACACCAAAGAACCGCCUCUGGCACCAAGAGUACCCGUUCGGUCUUCGUCCUCGCCGCAUGUUCCCCAGAAACGAGAUGUAUUACGGAGUAGUCGCUAUUGACCUCGUGUUGCGAUUUACCUGGCUGUCUCGUCUCUCGCCUCAUCUGGACAAAGUCAAUGACUUUGAAAGCGGCAUUUUCCUCCUUAUGUUCCUGGAAAUCGCGCGACGAUGGAUGUGGAUAUUCUUUCGCGUGGAGACUGAAUGGGUUCGAAAUAACCGCGGCCCUGCACUAGAUGAUAUAUUAUUGAGUGAUUUCAGUGGCAAGUUUGAUGAGGAUUAG